UGGCGCCUUUGCUUUUUAUAAACGAGCAUUCAGCACCCCAGCGAUAGGAAAAUUGUAUGCAGACAAUCUGUAUUUUCACAUUAAACCCGCUAUAAAAUGAAAAUAAAGGCAAAGCUGUGAAAAGGGGAUGUUUUGUAAACGCUAAUCCGAAGAUAUCCACGUUAAUUUUGCACACGGAGUCGUUUCUAUUGUGUUAUUAUCUAACAAUAACGCCAUGCGCAAAUAGCAUUUCCAAGUCUGAAUCGCUGGCAUUUCGAAGUAAACAGCGUUUUCUUUUUUAGGCUCGACCCACCUCAUUCAUUGCACGGCAGUCGUAGUAGCAGCAGCUCGUGGCGUAGAGGCGCUGUGCAUUGAGAAAAACAAACUGCAGCCAGCACAGUCAGCCCUAACCGGAUCAGAAACGAGGACAAAGCUGUGCUCAGACGGAGCGGCUGAGAGCGCAUUUUAUCCAAAGCGAACCUACGCGCUUUUACGCAACACCUGCCUUUAUUUUGCGGAGGGUUUUUUGAUAUUUUUAGCUAAAUCUCCGAGGUGAUCUGGAGUAGACUGUCUAGCUGGUGUUGUCGGGGGUUGUUGUCCCAUUUCGGUGUGACCAAAAGCGCUACGUGGAGGAGGAAGGCGAACGGGAUAUGUUUGGGAAGCGGUUCAAGUGAUUAAAUUAUAAAAGAGAAGGGGCCGUCAGUGACAGAGGCUGCAGUAAAGCGAGGGAAAGGCGGAGAGGAGGGGGUCUGUCGAAGAAAUCAAGUCAAUAGAAACUCAAGUGGAAGCAGGCUGCGUUCAUACUGGCCUGACGUCACUGCUCCACAUUGAGGCAGUAGUAGCGACUGAGCGGAGAGAGACACACCGCGCCAUAGUAAAGUACGCACCGACAUGAACUUCUCUCUCUGCGCUCCAACUUCGCCCCUGUUUUCCAUAAAAGUCUAGGGAGGACGCCUUUUCGUUUCUUCUUCAACGCACGGAACUUGCUCUUUAUUCGUUUUCUAAGGGGAUUCGGGAGAACUAGACACAUUUUGGGGUUUAUUUUCUUGACGUGGAGCUCGACUCGACGACGCUGAGGAGAGCCAUGUCGUCCGCGGCGGUCGCUGCUUCUUCCCGGAGGCAGUCGUGCUAUCUGUGCGACUUGCCCCGCAUGCCGUGGGCCAUGAUUUGGGAUUUUACCGAGCCCGUGUGCAGAGGAUGUGUCAACUAUGAAGGAGCAGACCGCAUUGAGUUUGUUAUAGAGACAGCCAGGCAGCUCAAGAGGGCUCAUGGCAUUCAGGAGGGCAGGUCUCCCGGCCCGGGAAAGAAGGACUUCCAGGCUAUGAACCAUGCAGCGGCGGGAGACCCAGGCUCCCGACCGCCCCAGCCGCUGGACCGAUACCCCCUGUCCUCAGAGCGGCCGCCCAGGCUGGGACCAGAGUACCAGUCAAGAGGGCAGGCGAACGGCAUCACAGUCCACAAUGGAUUCCCUAAACCGGACGAGCCUCCAGAGUUGAACCGCCAAAGCCCCAACCCCCGCAGGAGCAGCGCGGUGCCCCCAAACCUCGUGCCUUUGGUGAACGGGGGCGGCCCGGUGCCCCAGCACACCUUGAACGGCAGACAAAUGGGGCUGCCCUCUGCGCUGGCGGCAGGCAACCCCGCGGACAUGGGCAAGAGACCCGCCUCGGUGUCCAGCACUGAGCACGACCGGGAGAAGGACAAGCACCGACCCGACAGCCUGACCCCAGAGAUCAGCGAGAGCCACAAGAACCGGCCCGAGCAGGACUGGAUCAACAAAGGCAAAACCGUGAGGGACCUGAUGGCGCUGCACACUUUCGACAGAUUCAAGAAGGACCAUGCGGUCAUGCAACAAAGAGCUAUGGUGUACGAGUCCGGAGCUACCGCCUCAAAAGCAGACAGAGGAAAACACCCCCGCAGCGUGAAGCGAAAGGCGUCUCCGGAGCCUGAGGGAGAGGGCACGGCUGCCAAAAUGAACGGAGAGGCACAGCAAUGGUUACCACCACCCAACGAUGGACUCAAAAUGCCCCCGGUGCCCCCUCCAAACUUUGCCUCCCCACCCUCCACGAUAUCCCCGCAGUCCCGCACCACCCCUCCUGAGGCAGCCCAGAACGGCCAGUCACCCAUGGCAGCGCUCAUCAUGGCCGCAGAUAACGCCGGGGGCAACAGCUCACCGAAAGACGCCAACCAGGUGCACUCGACGACCCGCAGGAACAGCAGCAGCCCGCUCUCCCCCACCUCCAUGAACCAGAGGCGGCUGGCCCAGAGGGAGGGCUCGGGCGCCGGGACCCCUCAUGUCCCGGGCAUGGACCAGGUGCACCCCCAGAGCAUUCCGGACUCUUCUGUACCCGGCAGCAUACCCCUGUGCUGUACCCUGUGCCACGAGCGCUUGGAGGACACACAUUUUGUUCAGUGCCCCUCUGUCCCCUCUCACAAGUUCUGCUUCCCGUGCUCCAGGGAAAGCAUAAAGCAGCAAGGUGCCACAGGCGAGGUGUACUGUCCCAGCGGAGAGAAGUGUCCACUGGUGGGCUCUAACGUACCCUGGGCUUUCAUGCAGGGGGAAAUCGCCACCAUCCUGGCAGGAGAUGUCAAAGUAAAAAAGGAGCGGGACCCUUGAUUUUGUCUUUGAACACUUUUCUUUUUGGGGCGGGGGAAUUAAAAAUAUGAGUAUAAAUAUAUAAAUAUCACAUACAUACCAUUCAAACAAACUAACGGACUUGUACAUAUUGGACCCAAGGGAAGAGUAUACUUCGUAAACAUGGUUGUAUAAUUUUUGAUUUUUGAAUACAUUGUGUUUCUAUAUUUUUGAAGAUAAAGGUAUGUACUCAUUAUAAUGGACUACGUUCCUCUGUUGAUGUUUAACAAAAAUUCUUGAUGUACUUCUAGGUCUGGUGGCAGUUCCUGUUUAACGUAGAAUGUGACUAAUGCUACUCUACGAGCACUUGGCAAAAACUGAAAUGCUUUUAGCUGUACUUGUAUGCACUUGUUUAAAAAUUGCCAAAUACAAUUUCUGAUCUUCUAUGAACAUAA